AUGAAUGCUAUAAAACAAUUUUCAUUGAAUGGGGUGGGGGAUUUUCGGUUCUGGGUGCAGAAUGAGGAGAUUGACGACCAGCCAGUAGUGUGGGAGGACCUGUUAGAUGGAGAGAGGGCUGAUGACAUGUAUUCUCUUGCAGAUUAUAGUUUUUUAAGCACUGGUGACCAAGCUGCUAAAGGAAACUAUGGACUUCUUGAUCAAAUCCAAGCUCUGCGCUGGAUAAGUGAAAACAUUGCAUUCUUUGGUGGUGACCCAUUGCGAAUAACUGUUUUCGGAUCUGGGGCAGGUGCCUCUUGUGUCAAUCUCUUGACUUUGUCCCAUUAUUCUGAAGGUAACCGUUGGAGCAAUUCAACCAAAGGUCUUUUUCAAAGAGCUAUUGCGCAGAGUGGUUCUGCUCUCUCUAGCUGGGCAGUCAGCUUCCAGCCGGCCAAAUAUGCCAGGAUGUUGGCCACCAAGGUGGGUUGCAACCUCAUGGACACCGUUGAUUUGGUGGAAUGUCUCCAAAAGAAGCCCUACAAGGAACUGGUGGACCAGGACAUCCAGCCGGCCAGAUACCACAUAGCCUUUGGCCCUGUUAUAGAUGGUGAUGUCAUACCAGAUGACCCCCAGAUCCUGAUGGAGCAAGGAGAGUUUCUCAACUACGACAUCAUGCUGGGCGUCAACCAAGGCGAGGGAUUAAAGUUUGUAGAGUUCAUAGUGGACAAUGAGAAUGGAGUUCGGGCAAUGGAUUUUGACUAUGCUGUUUCCAGUUUUGUCGAUGAUUUGUAUGGGUAUCCUGAUGGCAAAGAUGUCUUAAGGGAGACCAUUAAGUUCAUGUACACUGACUGGGCUGAUAGGCACAAUCCAGAGACUCGAAGGAAGACGUUGUUGGCUUUGUUUACAGACCACCAGUGGGUGGCACCAGCAGUGGCAACAGCUGACCUUCACUCAAGCUUUGGAUCUCCUACCUACUUUUAUGCCUUCUACCAUCACUGCCAGACGGAUCAGGUGCCCACUUGGGCUGACGCAGCUCACGGAGAUGAAAUCCCAUAUGUGUUUGGGCUUCCAAUGAUUGGUCCUACAGAGCUGUUUCCCUGCAAUUUCUCGAAAAAUGACAUCAUGUUGAGUGCCGUGGUGAUGACAUACUGGACCAACUUUGCAAAAACUGGUGACCCCAAUCAGCCAGUACCUCAGGAUACAAAAUUCAUUCACACAAAGCCAAAUCGUUUUGAAGAGGUUGCGUGGACCAGGUAUACACAGAAAGACCAGUUGUACCUCCACAUUGGUCUUAAGCCCCGGGUUAAGGAACACUACAGAGCAAACAAGGUCAACUUGUGGUUAGAGCUGGUUCCUCACCUACACAGUCUGAAUGAAGUAACCCAGUUCACUUCAACCACUACGAAAGUCCCACCAGAUGUGACACCCAGGACCCCAAGUAAAAUCCCUGUAACUAAGCGGCCUGUGACUACACCCUUUCCUACAGAGAGUCAAGGUAGCCAGAAUCAAUUGGAAGGUCCUUUCUUGGUGGACCAAAGGGACUACUCAACGGAACUGAGUGUGACCAUUGCCGUUGGAGCAUCUUUGUUGUUUUUAAACAUCCUGGCUUUUGCAGCGUUGUACUACAAAAAGGACAAAAGGAGGCACGACGUACACAGGAGAUGUAGUCCCCAGCGCAACCCCACCAAUGAUCUCAUCCACACACAAGAAGAAGAGAUAAUGUCCUUGCAAAUGAAGCAUACAGAUCUGGAUCAUGAGUGUGACUCCAUCCAUCCACAUGAGGUGGUUCUGAGAACUGCCUGUCCUCCAGACUACACGUUGGCCAUGAGAAGGUCACCAGAUGAUAUUCCCUUAAUGACCCCCAAAACCAUCACAAUGAUCCCUAACACCAUACCUGGGAUUCAGUCCCUGCAUACAUUUAACACUUUUACUGGUGGACAAAACAACACCCUGCCUCACCCUCACCCCCACUCACAUUCAACAACCAGGGUAUAGCCAAGACAAAAAGACCUACAAGAGCACUACUCCUCUGGUGGAUAUUUUCAAACUCUGCGAUUUUUCGUACUGUCGAAAAGAAGAUUAAGGGAAUGAUAUUUUGUUAUAAUUGCUGGAUACUUAAUGUGGUACACUUGAAAAACAGAACAGGAUUUUUCCAACUUUUCCAGUGGACAUUAUCACUUGUCAAGUAUACUAAUAAUAGUUGCUUGAAGUGAUUUGAAUGUGAAAUGAAAAGAAUGUUCUACUGAGGCUUGGAAUUGUAAACUACACUUUCUGAAGCCAAGAACUAAUGCAACUUUAGAAACUAGGCAUGUGUGACGCAAGUAAAGAGAGAAUUGUAAGCUGAAAAAAAGGAAACUGUCGAAAAAUAUGCACAAGGGAGACAUUCACAAGAUGUCUUGGAUUCUUUUCACCAAUAUAUUUUUUGGAACAGUGUUAUUGUAUAGAACAUAUUUACAUAUCUAGAUAUGUACACAAAGCACCAAUGCUGUUUAAGCCUUGGCUGGGCACAAAUUCUGCAAUCUGCCAGCGAAACAAAGGGGAUAAUGACAUUCUAGCAGAUACAGCUUCAUCACAUAAGUGCUGUCUAUACUGAGAGCCAGUGGACAGGGGAAUUGGAUAUUUUUAGCACGAUGCGCAUGACAAUUUAUCUGAUUGGUGGCUAUUCUGCUGAUUAAGUCGUAAUUAAAGUAAUUUUCAUCCCCAUUGGAUUUCUUUGAAGAAAUAUACUUCGUCUAUUGCCUCAAACCUACAAAGAGGUUUUGGUGGGUUGUUGGUGGUAAAGGGGAGGGGGUGUUGGGGUCUAAAAAAAUAAUACAGUAAUUACAGUAAUUCACAAUAGCUUCAGUGAACAUGGUUAAAAAUAACUCGUUUUGUACAAUGUGUGUUGGUACGACGUGGUGAACACUCGCUGUUAUAAAUCCCAAACAUUCUUUCCAAUUUUCCAUCUAAUUUUUUUAUAGCCUCUUUUGCUAUUAAUCAUGACCACCUUUCUGUAGCAAAGCAAUUUGUUUUUCAUGCAGUUAGUCAAGAUUAUGUCUGCCCAAGGCUAUAAAGUAUUUUUUUUCAUAUGCAGGGAAAUGCUAGAUCUGCCAUUUCAGUGUUUCAUUGAUUGGUUACAUUGGUUUUUAUGAGGUAUGUUCUGUAUGAUUAUUUUAAGAUGAAUGCAAAUGAUUUCUAUUUUGGAUAGUUUCACAGCUUUCACUGCUUAGUGUAAGGAGAAAGUACAGCACCUUUCUGAGUACAGAAUAAGACACAGUCCCCAUUAAAUUUUACCAUUUUUACGGACUUUAUGCUUUGCCAUUUAUUGAGGCAAUAUUUCUGGCUUAUUGAAGAAGUAAUCAUAUAAUGGUCAUACAAUGGUACAUUUCAAAAUACAUGUGUCAUAAUCAAUUUGAAGGAUAUUUUCCAGGCGAUUAUUUCCUACCAUAUUAAAUGAUUUUGCUUUGUGUAAUUUUUUGCAAUUGGAUUAUAGAAGUAACCAUUUCUACUCCUGCUUUGCUAAAUCAUGGUUUGAAUCAAUUGUCAAUCUGUACCACUGAUGAUCAUAUAACAAACUUUUAUUUUUUUUUCCUGUAGAAGUGUGUUGAGUAGAAAAGAAUGUACAGUGAAGAAUAAUUAGUAAAAGCAUAAAAAUAAAAAAAAAGAAAGUGGUACUCUUGCAUGUGCAAAACCACACCUGAAAUGUCCAUAUUGUAUAGUAUCGUUCAUGGAGAUCAUAAGGCUGGAUUGCUUAAUAGUACCCAUUGUUAAUAUACAGCCAGUAAGUGGCUGAAUGUAUAUUUGAUACAUUAAUUACCUUCAUCUAUUUGAUUCUUCCCAGAGGGACACAGUGAACCCUUUUAGUGAGAGAAAAUACACCCAUGUGUCCAACACUGUUCAAGACUAAGAUCUGAAAACUCAAAGUACCUCCUGGCUUACUACAUAUUCCUGGCUAGCAUCCAGUUUAAGGAUUUAAUGCCAUGACACUGUUUUACACAGGGUCAAAAAAACAGUGCUUCAGUGCUUUACUAUUUUCCUCCAAUUUUUUUUUUUUUUUGGGGUGGAUUUAGAAUGAAAGUACUAACAGUAUGAGAAUUGGAAAUACAUAUUGACUAAAUGUAGGUUACUAAGACAAACUGAUCCCAAAGAAGUAAUGAAAUCCCUGACAACCUGUAAUAAAACAAACAAGGGAAUUGGCAUAUGCUGGUCGUUGAUUCCCGUAGAGGUAUGGUUGGUGUUUGACAGCCAGUCCUGCAGGUGUAAGCUGCUCCAAGUUUCUGUGCAGGACAAGGCAACUACUGGUGGAUGAUCACUCAUUACAAAACUAACAAGGUGUUCAGAAGGUCAGCUGCAAGAUCCACUUGGCUAUCUGACAUUUGUUUGUGACAGUCAAAUCCUUAAUUAUUAAUUGGGCAGUAUAGGAGAGUGGUAGGAUAGGAGUUUUGCUGAAAGCCUGCUGCCUAACCAUCUAGCCAAAUGAAAGCCAAUCAAUUCAGUGCUGAGUGAUCAAUGCAAUGCAAUGAGUGUCAUAUUUUGGUUUAAACAGAGCACAGUAUCAUGCCUGUUGCGUUAUUAUUUCAUCAGCUGUCCUUCUGCCUGGUUAUGUGGUAUUCAAGCUUUCCAAGCUUCUAUUUUAUUUUUAUUUUUAUUUUUUAAUUUGGAUUAUUGGUUGUGUAAUUAAUUCCUUUCCACUGUUGCUUUAUUCACUUGUUUUCCAUAAAAGAAUA